AUCCAACUAAGAGAAGCCAUUUUUAUUUUUUUGGUCUCUGAGUUGUGUAUUGAGCUUCCAUCUCCUUCAAAUGGCUUCCUUAUCAACCACUUCGCUAAGCUUCAAAGCUCCGUCCACCACAAUUUCUCAGGUGUUAAGGAAAGCCUCAAGUUUUCAUUCAGUGACAUUUGGUCGUUUCACGUCUUCAAAGAGUCUUCGUCUUCAAAUCAGUUGUGCAGCGAAAGCAGAGACGGUGCAGAAAGUGAGUGACAUUGUAAGAGAACAAUUGGGUUUGUCCGCCGACACUACACUCACUGCCGAAUCCAAGUUCUCUGCUCUUGGUGCCGAUUCUCUCGACACCGUGGAGAUAGUGAUGGAGUUGGAGGAAAAGUUUAACAUAAGUGUGGAGGAAUCUGAUGCUCAAAACAUUACGACGAUCCAAGAGGCUGCUGAUUUGAUAGAGGACCUUGUUCAGAAGAAACCCGCAGUGGAAACUUCCUGAACCGGCUAUCUUUUUUUAUCUGACCUAUUCUUGGCUUCAGAGCGUUUUAUUACGGUAUAUUAGACCGUUUGUUGUUUUUUUAUUUUAUUUUGAAAGCUAAGAUUGGAUGUUGACGAUGAGACAACUUUGGUACGUUGAGAUUGAUUCUUUGUGGUGAUUGGUCUUGUGACGAAUUUAUAAAUGUGUUUUGUUUCA